AUGGAGGUUGACAGGCUUCGUUCGCAAGUUCAGAUUCUCCACGAGAGAGUCUCUUCUCUCGAAGCUGAGCUUUCGAUUCUGCGCUCUCAAGUAGCUCCUCCUCACACCGCGCCAACCAAUUACAACUACGCAAGACUCUCGGGCGAUAACGCUCUGUUGUUGCCCACUGCAAUCGAGAGUAUUGCGGUCAUGGGUGACCACUUCCGCCGCCAGGGCACAUUGAGGCAGUGCUCGACAACAGGCUGUCACAAGGACGCCUUUGACUCGGAAUGUUUCCGUCAAGGCCACAUGGCCUGGUGUGAGGCCCACAACCGUGUCAUCACCGGAACCUACACUUCGUGCUCCGUCAAGGCUGAGCAUCGCGGCGAUUGUAUGCCCGUUUUCUGGGAUCGUUACGAAAACUGGCAAACAAUUGUUGCCCAAGCCUUUCAUGAGGGCAGAGUUGGCAACAGAGGCCUGGACCCUGCGUUUCUCAGUGCCCUACUCCUUCCUUUCACCCGAUACCCGUCGGUCCCUGUCAGCUCUUAUGCGUCUGAACAAAGUCAGUAA